CGUUGUCGAACGCGGGAACCCAAGAUAGCUCCAUAGACUCUUUGAGAUAGUAUGAGGUUCCUCCUCAUGAGAUCAAUUCUGAUUCACCCUUGUGGUGGCUCCAUCAUCAAUGUCCGAUCGACGACUACGUCUGCUCAAUAUGUAGCUUCCAGAUCAAGAGACCCUGUUUUCGAGAAGCUCAUGGACAAAUACAAGAACCUUCUCAAGGUCAUUGCCAUACAAGACCUUAUCCUCGCCAAUCCAACAGCUGAUCCUCCCUCUCUAUCCAUUGACUUUCUCUCCAGGCUCUCCCAGAAGCUCCACCUUAACCGUGGCGCUGCUUCUUUUUUAAGAAAAUAUCCUCACAUCUUUCAUGUCUUGUAUGAUCCUGUGAAAGCUGAGCCCUUUUGCAGGUUAACUGAUGUAGCCUUGGAGAUUUCUCGCCAAGAGGCUUUGGCUAUCACUGCUACUCUGUCUCUUGUUGUUGACCGGUUGGUUAGGCUCUUGUCUAUGUCCAUAUCAAAGUCCAUUCCGCUUCGUGCGGUUUUCAAGGUUUGGAGAGAACUUGGGCUCCCAGAUGAUUUUGAGGACUCUGUUAUCUUAAAGAACCCUCAUCUCUUUAAGCUUAGUGAUGGUCAUGAACCCAAUACCCAUAUCUUAGAGCUGGUUCAAGAAGAAGAUAAAAGACUGGAAUUUGAGGCCGCGGUUGAGAAAUGGAGGGUGGUUGAGUGUUCUAAGGAGGACUGCUGUGUCGAUAGAAGUGAACUCCAGUUUAGUUUCAAACAUAGUUACCCACCAGGAAUGAGACUGAGCAAGACCUUUAAGGCUAAAGUUAAGGAAUGGCAGAGGCUGCCUUAUGUAGGGCCAUACGAGGACAUGGUUGGUAAGAAAAAGAACAGAUCCGGAGUGAUGGGAAUAGAGAAAAGAGCGGUUGCGAUUACUCACGAGUUUCUCAGUCUGACUGUAGAAAAGAUGGUGGAGGUAGAGAAGAUCAGCCAUUUCAGAAAAUGUUUUGGGAUUGAUUUGAACAUAAGAGAUUUGUUCUUAGAUCACCCGGGCAUGUUUUAUAUGUCAACUAAAGGGAAAAGGCACACUGUGUUUCUCAGAGAGGCUUAUGAAAGAGGACGUUUGAUAGAUCCAAAUCCAGUUUACCAUGCGAGGAGGAAGCUUCUUGACCUUGUUCUCUUGGGACGCCAUGCUGCUUUAUCAGAAUCUGGGAACACUAGUACGUCUGAACAAGAAUGAAUUCAUAUUGAGUCUAAGCUAUGCAAUCUUCCAUAUCACAACCAGUGAGGUGUAUGAGACACUUGACACUUGAGUGAUGAGAUCCACCAGAGAGAUGAGAUCCACCAAGAAUCAGGUAAUCUUGAACAUCUCUAGCUGCAUAGCCAUUGAGGAAAGAGACAGUGAUAAGCAUUGUUUCUGUGGUGCUUGUCCAAUUUUCCGAUUAAUUGUCUUGCUCACAAGCAAAAGCUCAAGAUAAUAAGUAAGCAGGAAAAGCGAGUGAGUUGAUGUAUAAGUGAGUACUUGGAUCAAAAGUUGUCUACGAAACCAAUGUAGUAGUAAACUGUCUUUGUUAUG